CAGAGGCCGCGACGCCUCUGGGCACCGGGGCUCGAGAGCAACUUCCGUGCAGCCUCCGGCGGGCACCAUGGGAGUGCUCCUUAUAUCUACUCAUCUUAAUGGUUCUUCUAAGACCUUGGCUGGCUGGCUUAAACCAAAUGGAACAGCCCAUCUUCAGCACCCGAGCUCAUGUCUUCCAGAUUGACCCAAACACUAAGAAGAACUGGGUUCCCACCAGCAAGCAUGCUGUUACUGUGUCCUAUUUCUAUGACAGCACAAGGAAUGUCUAUAGGAUAAUCAGCUUGGAUGGCUCAAAGGCAAUAAUAAAUAGCACCAUCACCCCCAACAUGACAUUUACUAAAACAUCCCAGAAGUUUGGCCAGUGGGCAGACAGCAGGGCGAAUACUGUCUAUGGCUUGGGAUUUUCCUCUGAACAUCACCUUUCAAAAUUUGCAGAGAAAUUUCAGGAAUUCAAAGAAGCUGCACGAUUAGCAAAGGAGAAAUCCCAAGAAAAGAUGGAGCUAACAAGUACACCUUCACAGGAAUCAGCAGGAGGGGAUAUUCAGUCUCCUUUAACACCAGAAAGUAUUAAUGGAACAGAUGAUGAAAGAACAACUCCAGAAGUGACACAAAACUCAGAACCAAGGGCUGAACCAACCCAGAAUGCAUUGCCAUUUACACAUAGAUGUGCUUGAAUUUUCUACAAGUAUUUCUGUGUGAAAAGAAGAAGCAGUAAAAUACAACGCCAGUUAUGGUAUUUAAAAAGAAAACAAACUGAGAACAUUAUAUGAACUGCCUUCUCCUAUUACAGUUACUGUAAAUAGUUAUUUCUGAUAUAUCAAUUGAACCUACAUCUACACUGAGCAUGACUGAACACAUUUUUUGAUGUUUUUUUAAACUAAGCAUAUGUAAUAUUACUUGUAACUUUUUGAAAUUCUAUGACAGCAGUUGCAUAACUUGUUCUGCAAAUCUUCAUGUAUGUAUUGUGCGUUUUCUGUUCUUGAUAUUCUAUUGUACUGUUUGGCUUCACUAGCUAGUAUUGGUCUUCCGAUAUUGACUCUCUGUAUGUGAGGGUCAUUUAUUAUGGCGAUGAUUUUCACAAGACCAGCGUUUCUUUUGCUAAGGCUUCUUACAAGUUGGCCAAUGUGCCAUUCAUGUUUCUGAGAAAUGUGAAAAGGAAAAUGCAAAGGAAGUGACCUUGUGAAGUUAGUUUAUGCUGAAUUUAGAUAGCUUACACCUAUAGUUAAAUAAAGAUUGCAAUAGGCUAUAACUUUUAUUUCUACUGAAAGGCCCAUAUGUGGCUAUUUAUUUACAUACCGGUUUUUCACAUUGAGAGAGAGUGAGUACUUUUUUGUUUGUUUGUUUUGUUUUUAAACAGUUCUUUCCAAAAACACUUCAUUUGAAAGUUUGUCGUUAUUUUUUUGAUGGAGGAUGAUGAGAAUGCAAUCUUUAAUAUAUUGGAAUUAAGUAUUUUUCUGAUUUUUAUAGAUAGAUAAUGACGUUUUCUAAGAACAGCUAUAUUAAGUUGGAAAAUAGAUUUUACUUAUGGCAAAAUUAGUUAAAUCGAUUUGCCUUGAUGCUAUGCAGUUGUUUGUCAUUAGAUUUAAUGAAACUCAAUGGACCAAAUCCUGAGUGCAUGCACAGAACAGAUUUGAAAUUAGACUGCAGAAGUAAAUUAGCAGGUUGUGUGGAUCUGAGGUGGGAUUUCUGCAGCAUUGAACAGGCAAAUAAGACAGAUGUAGUGCCAGUUGGUGUAAUGCUGUAUGCUGAUAGUUCUUCUCUGUAGUUUAAUUUCAGAUGUCCAUAAGAAAAUCACUUACAUGCUACAACGUAUGCUAAAUAUUUCAGAUUAACCAGGCAUUUCAACAAGAGCUAAACUAUAGAUAAGGGAUCACAUUCCUUCCUACAUUCCUUCUGCCCAGUAGUGCCUGCCUUAUUUCAAUGGCACUAUGGGGUAGAUCUCUGGGUCAUUUUACCUGUCACUGCUUUGUUUCUCCUGAUGCCUUGAUAACCACUGGUGGGUUACGAACAUAGCACAACUACACAGAACAAAGCAGGUAUACCUUCCUAUUGUCACAAUAGUGCACUUCUAGAAUUACUGCUGCUCUGGAAUUGUCAAAUACAGGGCUCUUUCGUUUGCAAAUGUGAACUGACAAAGCUGAUGUUUUGAUAUCUGUUUUGCCUGACAAAGAUAAUUUCUAGCACAAUAAAGUGCAUGUGAGCGUUCUUUUCUGUAUGUCGGAGUGGUUGUGUUAUUUCCAGAGGUGUAAACAACUUGUUAGUGCUUUUCAAACAGCAAAGAAGGCCUAGCCCAACUUCUAAGUAGAGCACAAAGAGGGUAAGGUGAGAGAAGACACUACAACAUAAUAGUUGACUACAGAUAGUGAUUGUCUAUAUUUUGGUAAAAUUAGCUUAUCUAGUCUAUUUCUUUCAACAAACAGAAUAUAUACCUUACUCUCAGUUACUUCUCAGAGUUGACAAUAUAACACAUUUCCCUGCAGUUAUUCCAGUAGUUGUGGGACUUUAAAAGACUUGAAUACAAAGAGUGGGUGUAGUGGUAGCACAUGCACAGGGCUGUGGGAAACAGGCACAGGACCGAUGUGAAAGAAGCUGACAAAUAGGAAAAUAAGCCUCGAUUCAGUGACCGGGCAGAGAAAGUGGGGCAGCCAAUGCAGUUAAGUAAGGGAGGAGUAGAGUCAUGAAGGACUAUGAAGCAGUUUAACAAGAAUCUCGAAUUUGAUGUGCUCGUGGUAGAGCUGUUUGAAGGGUUUGCUAAUAGAAGAGGGUUUUUGUGGCUUUUUGCAUGAUUUGGAGGUGGGGGUUACCUAGACCUUGAUAUGGUGUUUUAGUUUGAAACUUUGGUAUUAGUUGUGUUCAGUCAGUUUGCACAUCUGCAAAAUAAGUUCCCAUUUGCAGCUAUGUUCCCACUUGCAGGCAUAACCUUUCCUCUUUCUACUUUCUUUGCAUAGGCAGUAGAGAGAUUUUUAUUUUGCCUACUUGCCAAAUAUUUCAGCAGCAUAACGUCGGACUGCUUUCCUAUUUAGUUACUUUCUGUGUGCAUUGUACCCAAAGUCUGACUGCCAGCCUCAGUAUCAAUGCAUAGUUUAUGCUGUUAGGUGAACUUUAACUUUUUCAUAUCUUUAUUGAAUUAUUUGAAAUAUUGAGACAAAUUCCACUUUUAUUAUAUGUAUGCAAUUCCAUUCAUGUCCCAUGAGCUCAAUCAACUAGAAUUUAGUCCAGUCAUAUCAGAUUAUCCUUAGUUGAAAAAUAUUAAAAACUGUCCAUAAGCAGUAUGACUGAGGUAAAAAUGUUAGGGAGAUUGAUAUUAAACAGUGUGCCAGCUUUACACAGAAAGAUAAACACAUGCAAUUACAUCUUCUGCCUAAUAUACAUGUUGGAGGUAGCUUGGUAGUUAGCAUUGAAUUAUUGAGUAAUACUUCUUGGCAGUUCAUCCUUGGUGGAAAAGUAUUAAUAAAAUUGUUCCUAAGCAAUAUGACUGCAGUCAUGCAUUUUAGGGAGAUUAAUACUAAAGAAUAUGCAACCUUUACUCACAAAGAUAAACUUGUACAAUUACAUUUCCUGUCUAAUGUAUAUAUUUAAGUAACUUCUGUAGUUAGCACUGAAUUAUUGUGUAAUACUAUUUAGCAGUUCAGUGUCGUCCUUUCCUUGUCAGUCUAGUACACACCAUUAAUGUGGCUGGAAAUUGGGAUAUAAAGCAAACUGAAAUAUAGUCUAAACUAUAAUCAUUAGCAUUUUUAAAUUGUCAUGAAUACAUUUCCCUGACCCUUUACUACUUAAUUCUAUCGAGACGGUUUGUAAUGCGGAUGCAAACAAAUUUUCAGGAACAUACAGAUGAAUCAAAGCUGAUGUGUAAUGUACAAUAAAGAAAACUGCUCCCAGAACUUGAUGCAGGCAGAAAACUUUAAAAUUUUAGUCCUCAUUUUUAAUUUUUGUUUAUUAUUUUCCACACCCUCAAAAUCCAAAACUGGGGUUUCACUACUGGAGUUGGGGGUGCGGAAAUUAAGAAUGACAAAAAUUUAAGAGAAAAAAUAUUCAUAAGUCUGACAUAACUGCACCUAGUAUUUUAAAGGUAGCUUUUCAUUGCAUUUGUGAAUAAUAGCACACAGUUCUUUGUGAAUAAUCAAGGAAAUGCUGCUUAUUCAGUCUUAGAAAAAUGGAGCAAAGAUUAUAAUUGAAUAGGCAGGUUGGUGAUCUCAAGUGUUGUUUUGACUUUUCCCAGUCACUCUUUUUAAAACGUGUGGUCUCUUCCUGCCCCCCUCCCCCUGCCCCCCAUAAUAUGUUUGUGUUGGCUUUAUUCCAUUUCUCAAUACCUUAUAGAACAGUUGAAUAGAACUUAAGCUUUCAAAAGCUUGAGUAAAUAUAUGAAGACUUUAUAGUUUUGACAGAUCUUGAAAGUCUUAAACUAUCUUGUCGACCAGAACUUGAACCUGUUACCUCAUGUUUAAUGUAUUAUAAGCUUUUAAAUAUAUUUCAGUAUAAUAAAUUUGUGAUGUGCCAUUUUAACAAACCUUUGACUAUAUAUUAUUACAUAAUGGUUUGAUAGUAAAGAACAAAUUUGCUAGAAAAUAUAUACAUUGCCUGUUUGUUAAAAUAAUACUUAUUUUUGUAUUCAAAUAGAUUUUAAUAUGGAACUUUGAUUCAUUGCCUUAGUGAAAAGUAGGCAUUUAUUACAAAUUAUGGUUAUAUCUUAGAUUUUUAUUGUCUAGUCUGCAUACUAUUUGACAAUGCUGCAUGUAUAUCCAAUGCUGUAACAAAAAAAAAAUCUUGCUACUACUCCAUGUUUCUUUAAUGGGUUUUCAUUAAAAGUUUGUAUGCAGAAA